UCCAACAAUCACCUUGUUCCUUUUCCAUGGAACAAUCAACUUGAGCACUUUGUGCCGUCAUCACCUAUACCAACAACUCGCUCUACUGAUAUGUGACCUUCAAACAUGCUGCACACUCGCAUUUGGCAGCGUGCGGCCCAUGGACAUCAUGCUUCCCGUCAUGUCUAUGCACUCCUACGCCAAUCAAGUCCUAUCGAUCGAUUCAAAUCCUAUCCAGGUCUAUUCCGCACUACAACCCGUUUGCUGCAUGACGAUAGUAACAUUGCUCCGUCUCAGUCCUCCGAGUCCCCUCCUCAGUCCGCUCAGCCCGCUCAAUCCUCUCCGUCCCCCCCGUCCUCUCCGUCCUCUCAGCCCUCCUCUCAAUUCUCACCUGCGCAGAGCGCUACUACGGACAAGAUCAGCGCGCUCCAGAUAGACAUGGCUACUACAUCAACACGAUUGGAUCACCUCAAAGAGUCUUUUGGGAUCCAAGUUGUUAGCCUCAAGUCCGCAAUCAGUGCUCUCGAUACCAAGUUCGAUACGAAGUUCAAUAUUCUCGAUACCAAGCUUAGUGCCCUCACGACCGAGUUCAAUGCCUUCAAGGCCGAGUUCAAUGCCUUCAAGGCCGAGUUCAAUGCCUUCAAGGUCGACGUCAAGGCCGAGUUCAAUGCCUUCAAGGUCGACGUCAAGGCCGACAUCAAUACCAUCUCGUAUAGCCUCAAUACCAAAAUUGAUUCAAAGUUUGCAGAAUUGCAGCAACAACAAAUGCGAUUGGUAUGGCGGGUGGUCUUUACUCUUUUAAGCAGUGUGGUUGUGGCACUUGGCGGUGCGACCACCUUAUUUAUGCGAGACCGUUUAGCUCCGUUGGAGACUCGUCCUGUUGCGGAGAAAUAAUAUAUAAUCGCAAUAGGUAUGACUACGCAUUAAUGAGAAAUGGAAUAAGAUUUAAUUAGCACUAAAACAAGUUUAUUAUACCCCCCCUAUACGACUAGUUAGGUUUAGAGCUAGAAUAGAAUAAAUCACCUGUUGACUUGGCUGUCUUCAACAUCAAGCCAUUGUCUUAUUUCCAAC